AUGGCUCAAGGGAAAAUGAAAGUUAAAAGUAAACUUCCAUCUGGAGCAAAAGUUAAAAAGAACAAAGGUAAAGCAGUAACAAAAAGAAGCAAUGCCCCAGUAAAAAGUAAGGCACAAGCAAUUGAACGCAAUAAGAUGAAAGCAUCAGUUACAAAGAUGGUUAAUGCAGUUGCCGAGCAGCAAUUAAGAUCACUGGCGACAGACACACCACAGCUUUCAGCAGCCCAACAACGGGUAGCCAGUGCACCAACCGCUCCUGCACCUGCAAAG